AUGAGUCGAUGGAGGGACGAUGAGUCAAAACAUCUCGCCAAUCGCUUGUACCUGCCUGCAGUUCCUGCCAUACCUAUUAGUCGCCAACGCCCCAACAUUUGGACCUACGAGCCGGAAGCCAUCAACCAGCGCCAGGAUCAGCACAGCAAGAAACGUUCGACACCGCGUGGCGCGCACGGCCGCCAUUACGUGCCAGUAGCGAGUUUCGGGAUUAAACUAGUGAACAUAUACGCUUACUGCAUGCUCCGCCUAGUCUCCUGUUGUCUACUGUCAAAGACUGCUGGUGGCCGCUCGGAGGCACUAAUUUAGCCAAGCGAGUGGUACGCACCUGUGUGACCUGCAUUCGCAUGAAGGCACAGACGUUCGCGCCUAUUAUGGGUAACUUACCUUCGCUACGUUUAGACCCAGGGUUCGCCUUUAUGAGUUGCGGAGUAGACUACGCGGGGCCAGUAUAUGUACUUAACCGUAGGGGCAGGGGUGCUAAACCUCAGAAAGCAUACAUCUGUCUGAUGGUUUGCUUCACGACGCGCGCGGUUUAUCUAGACUUAGUCACAAAUCUUAGUACUGAAGGAUACCUACUCGCACUUAAACGCUUUAUUUCGCGCCGCGGUAAGCCUAACGUCAUAUAUUCGGACAAUGGCCGUAACUUUGUAGGGGCAAUGAAAGAACUUUCAUCGUUCCUUCAAGGUCACGCUGAUAAUAUCAUUGAGUGUGCCUCUAAUGAAAACAUUAAUUUACAUUUUAACCCCCCAUAUGCUCCACAUAUGUCUGGAUUGUGUGAAAGAGCUGUACAGUCUUGCAAAUACCACUUGAAACGCGUUAUAGGUAACGCGAAUUUAACGUUCGAGGAAUUUAGCACGGUUUUAGCACAGGCGGAGGCCCUGCUAAAUUCCCGACCCAUGCAUCCUCUUU